AUGACAAACCAUAGCCUGUCAGGCCACAUCACCAAGUUUCGGGUAUCCCAAACUCCACGGAUCAAGCGGAACAGACCCGCAGUAUCUUGCUCAACGUGCCGUGCGCGCAAGCAAAAGUGUGACAGACAACAACCAUGCGGUCCAUGUUUGAAGCGUGGUGUUCAGGACUCAUGUCACCUAGAAUCGACUGCGCGACAACCGACUGCUUCACUGGCCAAUCGUGCCGAUAGUCGAGUCCAGAAUGAGCUUAGGCAGAUGCAGAGCCUUCUCCAGGGUCUCCUCGGCCAGCCUAACCAGGACCAAACGGCUGCAUCCUGCGAUGAACUAGCCGCGGGUGUGGAUCGCAUUCGGCAGGCUAUCAAUUACAAGGCUGUUACUGCUCCGCAAGUGGACCGACUUCCAGACAUCGUGUUUGGAUCUCUCGCCAAAGCUGCCCCAGAAGAUGUUCUGGCGGCUUUGCCAUCCCGCCAGGAUUCUGACAAGAUAGUCUCGACAUACCUCAACGCGAGGCAUAUUGCUGUACCAUUCAUUCAUAUCCACCAAUUCCGCAGACAGUACGAAGCCUUUUGGAACAGCCCUGAAUCUGUAAACCUCCUGUGGGAAAGCAUCCUAUUCUCAGUCCUCGCAGUUGGUACCAUCAUAUCUGAUGACAGGGGAAAUCAUCACCAGUCUUCGGCAUUUAUCUCCAUGUCAGCACGAUGUCUUGUAUCCGGACAGUACAGCACAACAACUGAGUUCUCAGUUGAAGCCUUGGCUAUGCAUCUUCAUGCACGAUGUUUCCAUCAAGGGGACAAGGAGAUCUCUCUCUCCCAACUUCAUGCGUUGGCCGUUCGCAUCGCGCAACAGCGGGGCUAUCAUGUGGAUGGAGACGACUUCUUACAGGCUCUGAAGCCUUUCCAAGUUGAAAUGAGACGGCGCGUCUGGUAUUAUCUCCAAUACUACGACAUCUUACUCUCUCUUGAGCAUGGACUACCGCCAUUGAUGCACGAAGAUACAUACUCUAUCAGUCAUCCGACAGACGUGACUGAUGAUGAGUUUGAUGAAGACUCGAAGGUUAUCUUCUCUAGUCCAGCAACAGUAGCCCAUACUGCGCUGCCCUGCGUAUACAUGUCACGUCUGUUGCCAAUUCUGAGACGCAUUAUUUGCCACGCCCUUGGUUUCAAGACCUGCAACUUUAAGGACGCCCUGUUUCUCAAAGCGCAGCUGGAGACAUGGUACAGAUCGAUUCCACCCUGCUUCCGCGUGUAUUCUGUCAAGGAUACUUGCCUAACGACCACCACUUGCACCGCUUUGCAACGUGUGUUGUUUCAGCUCGUCUACAACACAGGAAUUGCACUGAUAUAUCGUCCGUUUCUUAAUAUUAUGAGCCUUGAGAAUAGAUAUUGCGAAACCGCGCUCGAUGUGUCUCGCAAGAAUGCACUAAGAUCUAUUGAAGUAUAUAUAGAGGUUGAUCAGGAGAUGCAGAGAGGGGGGAGACUCUAUGGCGAUCCACAAGUAAAGGCUAACCUGCCCGUCAAUGACUUCUUUAUAACUAUGAUCAUGGCACCACUUGAGUUUUUCGGUUGCCCCAACUUGCCGUAA